CGGAGACAUCAUUCAGCAACUCCCACCUCUCGCUCGCCCACUGUCGCUCAGUUGCCUGUGGAGCUUGUUCGGAGAGAGACUGUGGAAGAAUGCACUCGAAGAAAAACUGGAUUCACAAGUUGUAAUUAUUUUGAUUACGCCAUCAUAUAUAUAAAAAAGAGUGUUGAUAAAAAAGGAAAAAAAAAAGCAUGAGUGUGUCCCAUGAUAUGUCUAGAGGAACUCCAGAUAUUUGACCACCAAGUGAAAUCUUCUGUGGUUGGUUUGAACAUUACAACUGGUAUGAAAUUGUAGAGUUUGAUACACUAAACACAGUGUCGCAAAGUGAUUAAAAAAUGUUAACGACAGUGAUAGCAUGUUUGAUGAUUUUCACCGUUGGACAAGCCUUGCCUAAUUUACUGGUAGUCUCUGACGUAUCAGUCCAAAAUGUCACAAUACGGUUAACAACCCAGGGUGUACUCCCUACAACACCAGGACUUUAUGCAUCCAGUAUUGAAGACUCGGUCUCACUGAAAGAAGCUAAUCACGCUGGUGUGAUUCCCAUCGUCCCACGACCGUCGUCUCACAAAAUCUCUCGUGAAGAACCCGGGUGGAUCACGACAGACCCGCCACACCUGGGAGAGUCAGCCGUCAACUUUUCAACCGAUGUGCCUGAUCUCAACUUCGGCACUCGUUCACCCUUCGUCUCCGAAGAUAUAAGUACGACUUGGGAUCCUGAUAUAACUACAGAUGUGGUUACGACUGUCAGUGAUGAGACAAGAGAUACCAUGACGAAGGAGGCAGUGGAAGGCGUCAGCAAGCGAGGGACAGUCGUCAACUGCUUCUGCGACGCCGACGAAGUUUAUGUCGAUGGCGUUUGUCAUCCAUAUCCAGAGGGAACUGUGAUUCAAAUGAAGAUUGUAAGGCACAGUUCUAAAAUUGCCCUGACACCCAUUACAGAGAAGCGAGUGAUAAUAGAAGACCUGGAGUGCGACACAGAAAAUGGAGUCAGAAUGCUUACUUUCUCAGGAGGAGAGUUUACACUAAGAGACCGCGGUGACAUUGUGCUUUCGAAAGAAGUUGGGGAACUUGGUGGUCUCCGCAUCAGAGAUUACUGCAUUACUCACUCUUUGGAUGAACACAGAAAACUCACCUGGACCGUAAAGGUCUGUGUGAACCCGCCAAAUAUACCACGAUGCUGUCCACCAGGCCAAGCCAUGAAGGACAAUGUGUGUCGGCCGGAUCGUACUCCAGAGCCUCUGGCACCCCCGAUCUCUGCAGAUCCAUAUGGUCCAGCUAUAUCAUGGCCCCUUAUCAAGACCUAUGAAAAGCCCCUCCACUGUAGUGUGGAACCCAUGAAGGCUCUACCGUUGACACCCCGAGUCUCCUACUUAGCAUCGCACGCCAGGGGCUUGCUCCACACAUGGAACGCUGAAGAGACUGAUAACAAGUUUCAGUACAGAUUCGAUCACGAAUUCUGCGUUGACGGGAGGCAGAAUCUCGAUGGAUCGGCGUCUUAUUCAGUAAAGGUGUGUUUCGAAAGUCCUAUAGAGCAGCAUCAAAGACUGUGUACCGAAAACGUCUGUGUGCGAAAAUGCUGUACAAUGGGAGAAAUAAUGGAUAAUUAUUUGCACCUGUGUGUUCCGAGUCCAGCGGCAGAGUUUGCACCGCGCAUGAACACCACAUACAACCUCGUGAUAGGCAGACCCAUAUGUAACCCUUCCACACCCAUUACAGAUUUCCUCUUGUCACCCGACACGGGGCAUCUCGCCACAUGGAACACAGUCUUACCACCGAGUGACUACUGCAUUGACAAGUUUUCUGAUCGAGAGGGCAGGAUAAGUGACGGUGCCUUAGCAUGCAUCAAUUUGCCAAGUAAAUGGGAGAGGGCCCAGAAUAUCGUGUUCCCAGUCUGUAUGACCAUUUCCCUGGUCUUCCUCCUUGUUAUCGCCGUCUGUUAUUGCGCAACACCAAUAAUAUUAAAUAAUACAGGAUGGUAUCACUUGUGUCAUGUGGUGUCACUCAUCAUUGCAUAUUUCUCGUCAGUCAUAGAGUUUUUCAACAGCGCCCUGCAGCCGAUAAGCUGUAUCGGAUUUGCCAUGUUAAAGCAGUUUGGAUAUCUGUCAGCAUUCUUCUGGCUCAGUGUCCUUUGUUUUGAUGUUUGGCGAACAUUCAGGGGCCUCAACAACAGACUGCGUCCACCUCGGCCCAUCCCUCCGUGUGUCUACCGUGUUUAUGCCUGGGGUGGACCUCUUGUGAUAUGUUCAGUCACAUUGGGUUUGCAGUAUGUGGAUGCAGCAGACGUUCCUUGGCUCAUUAAACCACAUCUAGGGGAUUACAAGUGCUGGUUUGCAGCGGGGAUGGAACAGCUUGUAUUUUUCUACCUGUAUAUUGCCAUCCUGUUAUUUGCCAACUGUCUCUUUAUUGGCCACACGUACUGGAUCAAGAGAAAAAUGGAUGAAAGUUUGGCGGCUCUUAGAGCUGACAAAAACGGAAAUGGCAAGAAAACUGCACCAGUUGUCCACAGCAAAAGGAACUACUAUUCUGAAUUCAAAACAAAGUUCUUGUUACUGGCUCUCAUGUCGAGCUGCUGGGUGGCAGAAGUUCUGUCUUGGCAAAUUAAACCAGCAGAGAUUUGGGCUCUCACCGAUAUAUUGAACACACUCCAGGGUUUCUUCAUAUUCGUCGUUUUCAUGCAAGACAGACAGAAACGGCAACACCUCAAAGAGAAAUUCCCGAACCUUUUCAAAAUUUUCGAGAACUUCUUUAGUAAACUGAAGCAUUUUUUUAGAUGUUCUCCCUGCUCAGUAGGAACGUUCUCGCCGUACACCUACAUCUCAACACUCAAUAAAAAGCCCUCCUCGUCAUCCAUUGUCUCAAAUCUCCUGACUCUUAUAUCCUCCAUCAAAACCUCCAUAACUGUAUUCAACGUAGAUAAUGGCAAGCGCUCCCCACAAAGACCCGAGUCAUUUGGCAGUGACAAUGACAUCAUUACCCUUUCACACACUCCCAUAUCGCAAACGAGUGUCAGCAACGUGUCCCGUUGUUAGCGAACAAGGUGCAAGGCUCUCUGGACUUACAUGAGCCAAGUUACAGAAAAAAAAUGGUUAGAUUAUAUUUUUUGGCCAGAUAUCAUUAUCUGUUAGUAUUUUCUAAAUUGCGAAUGUUAUUUACAGUUCUUCCCCACGCGGAAUUUCCUGAACACUAGUUAUUGACCAAAAUGUUAAAAUUUACAUUUGCCAUAUUAUUUAAAUGAACUCUCAACGAUAGACUCCAGUAUACUAAUACAAAACAUAAAACGAUUAAAUAAAUAUCUUACUAAAUUAGGAAAACUAAAAUUAAUUAACUCAAAUGAUGCUUUGUUUAUGUUCUGUUAUUAUUGUUUUAUAUUUAUCUUUAGUCACUAAGCACUGAACUAUACCUAUGUAACUAAUAAAAAAAUUGUUAUGCAUAAUAUGUCAUGAACACUGGCUGGAACCAUGAUGUUAAUAUGUUCUGUAAAGUACAAAAAUGUUUAUAUGGAUGUGUUUGCGUGUAUGUGUGUUUAAGGCAGGGGUGGCCGACCAGUGGCACACAGUCCAGAUCUGGCAUACUGGAUUACUAGAAGUGGCGUAAGUACGGCAGUAAGCAAUAAUUACUUUUAGCGAUUUUAAUAUUCAAAUCCUUUUCGGCAAAUGCGAUCUUGAUAUGUAUUUAGUUGGAAUAUGCAUAGUAUAAGAAUGCCUAAAAUUAUAUUGCAGCAAGAAGACGGGGGAUUAAAAGGAAGAAUGUUUCGCAAAUCAUAUAUAAACAUUGGCUGUGAACCAUGAAAUUUAUGUUCUUAAAAAGGAAAGUGAAGCCAGUCUUUGGUCAUUUUACAUACAUAUUGUGUUAAUGCGAUUAACUUCAAGGAAACGUGCUAUGUAUCUGCUGAUGAUGAUAUCACAACACUUAAGUUAUUUUAAGUGUUUGAUGUUUAAGGUUUUGGAACGAACAGGUGCACAUAUAAAAUGUAGAUCUACAUAUAGAGAGUAUAUUAAUAUGCCAUGUCCAA